GGGGGCGGGUAAAACUGUAAGAGACUGUCACUGUUGUCGCUUUCUCCGCAUUCCCCCACGUUCCCCACCUAUGCUGAAAAAGCAUGAGAAAGAGUCGGAGCCUGGGAGCGAGCUUUGCGCCGAAGAUGUUGAGCGAGUCGCUUCGAUGACGUCACAGCCGGCGCCUCUGCCAUCUUAGUUACGGGCAGAGAGGCGGCAACUUUGGAGGUGGAACGUGGAUGUGGUUGGCUCCAUGCAGAGACCCUGCAGGCGUGGACUCUUGGUGAGCCUGGCCGUGGCAGCUGCGGCCGUGGUAGCAGCACGGCUGAUGGGCUGGGGUGGCUUUUCUGCGGGCCUUCGCCUUUUCCUGCCCGAGGAGCUGGCCCGCUACCGCGGCGGCGCAGGGGACCCGGGCCUCUACUUGGCGUUACUCGGCCGUGUCUACGACGUGUCCUCUGGUCGGAGGCACUACGAGCCUGGGGCCCACUAUAGCGGCUUCGCAGGCCGAGAUGCGUCCAGGGCAUUCGUGACCGGAGACUUCUCGGAUGCAGGCCUGGUAGAUGAUGUCGCUGACCUGUCCUCCUCUGAGAUGCUGACCCUUCAAACCUGGCUUUCAUUUUAUGAGAAGAAUUACGUGUGUGUCGGAAGGGUGGUAGGAAGGUUCUACGGGGAGGACGGGCUGCCUACCACCGAGCUGACCCGGGUGGAAGCCAUGAUGGCCAAAGGCGCAGAGGCUAAGAAACAAGCCCAGGAGGAGAGGCGGAAGUUCCCCCCAUGCAAUGCUGAGUGGAGUGCCACCAAGGGCAGCCGGCUUUGGUGUUCCCAGGAGAGUGGAGGUGUAAGCAGAGACUGGAUUGGUGUCCCCAGGAAGCUGUAUAAGCCCGGGUCCAAGGAGCCCCGCUGCGUGUGUGUGAGAACAACUGGCCCGCCCAGUGACCAGCCCCUGGACAACCCCACACACAGAAACCGUGGGGACCUGGAUGACCCCAGCUUGGGAGAAUACCCAGGCUGCCCCACUCUGGCAGUCACAUGCUCUUUCCCGUUAAGCUAGUGUCCUAUUCACUGAUAACAGAGAACCCUGUAUGGAAUUCGAGAGGUCGACAUCAUGUGCCAUGGGUGUCUGCAGGCAUGAAUGGGGCCCAGACUCCAGGACUCUGGCUGCACCCUGCAAAUGGACUUUGCUGUCUAUACGGGAGCUCACCCACCUGUUCUGAUCCUGCUCCCCCUUGGACACACACAUCUUCCUCUGCACCCUCAGGUAUUAAUGGGCUCAGAUACGACCUCCUCAGAAAUGACCAGACAAUAGGGACGUCUCUGAGCUCCAGCUGCUUCCUUCCCAGACCACAACCCACCUGGCAGGGUAUCUGGAGCAGUGGCAAAACAGGACUGCCUCUCUCAGCAGAAAAACACAUCACAAGGAGGUGUGCAUAUUAACAGCACCAGGUAACCCUAAGUCCCCAGCAAACUUGGGGUACCUGACUUUCACAGCCUGUUUUUCCUAAGACUUCCACCCUAAAGCAAACUCAAGUUUAUAGUCUGGUGCCCACUGAGUUGAUUACAGCUAGCCAAUACUGUGAGCAGUAAUAAUAAAAUGGAAAAGAUCAUCGUGGAAGUGAA